ACGUCACCCAGUGCCAACUGCCAGUCAACGGGGCUUCGUCGGGCUACCCUUUCUAUGGGAGGAAAAGCUCUUUUCUCCGUCCCCGCGGCCUCUGUACGUUUUUUUUCACAUUGGGUACGUCAAAACUCGCCAGCGGCGAGUUAACGGGUUUUCUCAUCGUUGCUCUCGAACGCGCGACGCGCGCGAUCCUUGGAGGCAGUCACCCGUCGAAUUACAUUCCGACGGUGAUUCGCUUGAGACAGAGAUAGAAAGGGGAAGAGAGAGAGAGACAAACGUCACGAAAAGUAAUAACUGUUUAGUGUCAGUAAACGAGAGAAACGCGACGAGAGAAAGAGGGAAUUGUUCGAGUCAUUCGUUAGUUAACACGUACGCGCGUACGAACGCACGGUGGACGUAGUGUUGUAACACCCUCGCAGCUGCAAAUAUGUUUAUUUGGGACUGGUUCGCUGGGGUGCUGAAUUAUCUCGGAUUGUGGAAGAAGAGUGGUAAGCUUCUCUUCCUGGGUUUGGAUAAUGCAGGCAAGACCACAUUGCUUCACAUGCUCAAGGAUGAUCGUUUAGCUCAACAUGUGCCCACGUUGCAUCCAACUUCUGAGGAAUUGUCCAUUGGAAACAUGAGAUUUACAACCUUUGAUCUCGGGGGCCAUACUCAAGCACGCCGAGUGUGGAAAGAUUACUUUCCAGCUGUCGAUGCGAUAGUUUUUCUCGUUGAUGCGAGCGACAGAACAAGAUUGCCCGAGUCGAGGGCUGAGCUCGAUGCGUUGUUAACCGACGAACAACUCAGUGCGUGCCCCGUUCUGGUAUUAGGCAAUAAGAUCGACAAACCAUCUGCAGCAUCCGAGGAUGAACUAAGAAACUUUUUCAAUUUGUACGGACAAACAACAGGAAAGGGUAAAAUUUCUCGCAAUGAGAUACCAGGCCGUCCACUGGAGCUGUUUAUGUGCUCAGUCUUGAAGAGGCAGGGAUAUGGGGAAGGCUUCCGUUGGCUCGCACAGUAUAUCGAUUGAAAACGUAUAUGUAUUGUAUCAGACACGCAUACACACACGAUCAGUUUCAUGAACAUUUUCCCUCUCUAUGGUUCCUGGUUAGCCGAUGUCGUUCGACAACGUCGAAAUACCGGUACUGUAAUGAUUCUCUUCGUACAAAUUUGAUAGUGGGAGAGGAAAAUCAUUUCAUUGACACAAAUAAUAAAUACAGUCACGGAAAUUUGAAAUUGUACACAUAAGUAGAUGCAGGAGAUUUUAAAAAAAGAGAGAAAGAAAAAACAAGCGAGUGUUACCAAAAACGCUCUAUGUUGUAUGAUAGAAAUCGUGAGUUUCUUUCUUUAAUGUUAAAUAUCCGCGAAGCAGCCCGGUGGCGCCCGUCACUUCCCUUUAUCUCUUUCUCUCUCCCACCCUUCCUCUGAAAUACUUCAAGCCCCAUGCGAAUCUUACGUGGAUUCCUGUUCAUUUUGCGAGUCACAACUGAGGAAAUCUUGGACACGCUGGACAAUGAAAUAAACGUUUUGAUAAAUAAAAACUAUAAUAAACUAUUUAAGAAUUCCAAGUGUUUUUGUAGACUUAUUUUGGGUUAGCUAUUAGUUAUUUAUAAUGACGUGUAAUGUUAGAUACUAAUUUUAUAGUCAUUGGGAAAAUUGAAGUUAUAUAGAAGCGUGCAAAUACGUAAUUUAUAAAAAUUAAAAGAAUCGAUAUGUUAACCAGCACGCGCAUUUCCACACGUGCGUCAGCGUUAUCUUCGACUUUGAUCGAUCUUGAAAGCGACGAUUAUUCAAACUAAUAAAUACGACGCAUUUCAUAUUCCGUUGCUAGGCGUUUACACUAAUGUUUGAUUUUUCCACGUAACUUUGCAUUUGCAUGUCAAUGUUGCGUAUGUUGUUUGGAAUUUAUUAUUAUUUAGAAAAACUAGAAUAUAUGUGUAAAAACAUUUUUUGUAAUUUUUUCCGCGCCAUGGCAUAAAAAAGUUCGUCAAACUGUGAUCACCAUCACUAAAUAGCCGCAAUUACGUUAUGUUUUUAGGUAGGAAAUUGUUGGUUGUGAAAUUGCAUGUAUCAAGUGUAACUAACAUCAGUUAAUAAGUAGCACAUAUCACAUCGGAUAUAAAAUGAUCUUCAGUUAUAACAUACGUUGCGUUUGAAAGCCAAUGCGAUCUAAUCGGAUCAAAAAAACUGUUAUCAAAAAAAACAGAAUUAUUCGUAAGCGCAUAUACGUGUAAAUUGUGGCAAAUUUUCGUUCGAUACGUUUUUGUAAACUCACUUGUGCGGAUUCUUGAUCGCACAGAGUCGCGUCCGAAAUAAAGAUCGAAUUUACGAGAC